GAGUGAAGUCCAUCCACUCCUCUCCCAUUCUGCUGUUCUCUUCUCCAUCUAACUCAACACUUCAAUUUCUUCGCCAUGAACCUUCACCUUACACACAUAAAACUGGCCAUUUUAUCAAUAUCCAUGAUGAUUUUCACCUGCAAAACCUCAUCGACCAACAGCCUGCAUCCAGUGAUCUUGAUACCGGGAAGUGGGGGCAACCAGCUCGAAGCCAGGCUGACAGCAGAGUACAAGUCCUCAAGCUUGCUGUGCAACCGAUGGUACCCACUGAAGAAGGACCCUGACGGGUGGUUCAGGCUUUGGUUCGACCCCACUGUGCUUUUCAAACCCUUCACCAAAUGCUUCAAUAAGAGGAUGAUGAUUUACUAUGACCCUGAUGUGGAUGAUUACCAUAAUGCCCCUGGUGUUGAGACUAGAGUGCCUUCUUUCGGCUCUACUCAGGGCCUUCUCUAUCUUAAUCCUAAUCUCAAAAGUAUAACAUCGUACAUGGAACCUCUGGUGAGAUCUUUGGAAGAAGUAGGGUAUGUAAGUGGGAGCAACCUCUUCGGCGCACCGUAUGAUUUUAGAUAUGGAUUGGCUGCCGAAGGCCACCCCUCCAUCGUCGGCUCAAAAUUCCUCUCUGACCUGAAAAAUCUAAUAGAAUCCGCAAGUAAUUCGAGCGGAGGGAGGCCUGUAAUCCUUCUAUCGCACAGCCUAGGAGGGCUAUUCGUCCUGCAACUCCUCGACCGCAAUCCAACUUCUUGGCGCCAUAAGUAUAUAAAACACUUUAUCGCAUUGUCCGCGCCAUGGGGCGGCACGGUGGAAGAAAUGCGCACUUUUGCGUCAGGAAAUGCGUUUGGGGUGCCAUUAGUCGACCCGUUGCUGGUCAGGGAAGAGCAGAGGAGUUGCGCUACUAACCUAUGGCUCAUGCCAUCUCCAAAAGUGUUCGACAGGACGAAACCGCUUGUGAUCACCCGAAACGGCUCAUAUUCGAGCUCUGAUAUUGCUCAGUUCCUUCAAGAUAUUGGGUUUCCUGAAGGAGUCCGGCCUUAUAAGAUGCGUGUUUUGCCUUUGGUUCAGAGUUUGCCUAGCCCUCAAGUGCCUGUUACGUGCGUUUUUGGUAGUGGGGUGAGGACACCGGAGACUUUGUUCUACGGGGAUUCUGGGUUUGAGAAGAGGCCGGAGGUUGUGUAUGGGGAUGGGGACGGCACGGUGAAUAUGGUAAGCCUGAUGGCAUUGGAAUCGGCUUGGGACGGUAGGGAGAAUCAGUCGCUUAAGGUCAUCAAGAUUCCUGGAGUGUCUCACACAUCUAUACUGAAAGAUGGGACUGCACUUGGUAGAAUAAUUGGUGAAGUUUCUGGCAUCAAUUAUGAAAUUUCAACAAGUUUACUUCGUUGGGUUUGAAUUUUUCUAUUACAAAUUCACACCCCAUUCCCUAUUACAUUUGGGUUAAAAGCGAAUACCCACUGUUGUCAGCAUUGUUUAAAAAAUCUCACGUGGAAAAAAUAAUUACUAGAAAACUUCCUUGUGUUUCUCAAAUGGUACAAAAGUACAGCCUCCGAUUCGUGAA